AAAACAAACAAAAGCGAAGAGCAUUCUAGAAGAACUUCAAUUUCUAGAAUUGCACACCUACUCUUCGCCAACACAAUCGCAACUUCCAGCGUUGUAUUCGAACAAUUUCUACCCUUAUCCAAGCGAUUUUCACAGUUCCAAACGCACCCCAAAACUUCUAACAAUGGCUUCCGCAGGCAAAUCAUUGAUCCAAACACUAAAACGCUACCUUAAGAAACCAUGGGAGAUCACAGGACCACAAUCAAGUCCGGAAUAUAAAUCCGCCGUACCUUUAGCUACAGAAUACAGAAUUUUCUCCCCUGCCACCGCACAAGCUAAAGCAAUCGUCCCUACGUCGAAUCCCGAAACCGUUUACGAUAUCAAGUACUUUUCUCGUGAUCAGCGGCGCAACCGUCCUCCUAUAAAGCGCACUGUGCUUAAAAAAGCUGACGUGGAGAAGAUGAUGAAGGAGAAGACUUUUGAUGUUAAUGAUUUCCCCAAGCCGUAUUUGACUGCUAAGGUUGAGGAAGAUUAUAAUGCUAUUGGUGGUGGUUACCAGAAAUGAAGAUGCUAUAUGUGUGCUAGGAAAGAUGGAAUGCACAACCCAACUAAACUCAUGCCAGCUAAAUGGUGGGAAUGGAGGUAAUUAUGAGAAAAUGGAUUGUAAUAGUGUGUGAUUAGAACUAUUGAUUUUUCUGUGUUGAUUUUAUGCCUGGACUACGAGGAAGCCUAUGGAUGCUACAAUUGCAGAAGUUGCACACCAGAAAAAUUCUACUUGUUCGAGUAUGUAAAUAAAUUGUGAUCCUCUCUAGUGGGCAUGCCUUUAGGAUAUAGAAAUGUAAUAAUGGACAGCCCUAAUUAUAGUCAUGAAUUCGAGGAGGCUUCCUGGGGGUGAUUUAGGUCUGGCUAGGAACACGUGGAUCCAGGGAAUUUUGCUCGGUCACUUAUUUCAUACUGUUACAAAAGACAUAGCUAUGCGAUAUAUUUCUUCGCAUUUUUACACCAAGGGGGUGUUACCCGCUUCACUGAAGGGAGGCUGUAAGUGCUGGUCAGAAGGGAUAACUGACAGGUCCAGGUAAUAUAAGAAGGAUGUGGUACACAAUUCCAGAACACUUUUUAUUGGUCAGGAAGGAAAAUACCUUUAGAUGCUCUGACAACAGAACUGUAUUAGUGAACUCCCUGAAGUAGGACUGCUCAAAUGUAUCAGCGUGUUGGUUCAAAAUGAAUAUAUGAAAAUUUAGACCUACUAGAAUUUCUCAACUUUCUAGAGAAAACAUAGGGAGGUUGCGCCUUCUCUAAUCCCUUUCUGCAUUGUUAUUACCCUCUUCGUGCAUGUUUGUUGAACUGACACAAACUUUUGACUUGACCGUAGAGCAAGGUAAUGAGUAAGUGCAAAACAGAUCAAAUGCUUUUAAGGUUAAAAUGGGAAAUUGGUGCAACUAUGCUGUUAAACAAUGCGCUGCUGGUCUGCUUCUGAAACUUAUUGGGAAGAUUGCAGGCUUCCAGUUGAUUUAGGAUGGUGGCCUUGGAUGGGUUUUGUGACUUUUAUUUGUUGUUGGGAUGAGAACUUAACUAACGCUAAAUUUAUUCUCAAGCCAGUUUACACAAAGCGCUGAAAGACCAAAUAGUGUGUUGUUGCAAGCCAGUCUACAGAAAGGGCUGAAAGGCCAAAAGUUGUGUUGC